CACAUUGACAUUUACAUGUCUGGCAAUGGUUUUAAAAAAGAGCAUCCUGAGUUCUUUAGCGUACACUUGAGAAAUAGUAAUACACUGUACAGUUACAGGCGUUAACCAAGAAUAUGUUACAACAUGUUACAUCGUGAGCGAAAGACUCAGUGGAAGUGUGACGCAUAGCGGCCGACUCGCGCUGCGCUCCUCAGGUCCUCCCUCAUGUUCCUCACAUGAUCUUUGGAUGAAGCCGAGGAGCUCACUAGGAAUGUAGACUGAAAAGACAUCGGAGCCCAUUUACAAACAUGCAUACUCUAGCAGUGAUCUGCGUGUAUAUUGCAAUAGUCGACCACACCAGUGCUCAGGAUGGCUUAAUUCCUUGGACUCAACAGAAGGUGUACCAUAAGCCCAGCACACUGAGCUCUGAUGACCUGAAGAAGGUGCUGGCCCACACUGACCUGGCAGGCAUGUGGCAGAAGGACCUGCAGCCUCUGCUGGUCACUCGCUACCCAGGCUCAGCUGGGAGCCUGGCAGUGCAGAAGCACAUCAAAUCCACUCUGAGUGGCCUCAAAGCAGGUUGGGAUGUGAGCGAGGACUCCUUCCACGAGCAGACCCCUUACGGCCGGAUGCCCUUCACCAACAUCAUCGCCACGCUCAACCCUUCAGCCAAGCGCCGCCUGGUGUUGGCGUGCCACUUCGACUCCAAGUACUACCCUCCCCAGUGGCAUGGCAGGGCGUUCCAGGGUGCCACCGACUCCGCUGUGCCCUGUGCCAUGAUGCUGGAGCUGGCGCGUGCCCUGGACCAGGAGCUCAAGUCGCUGAAGGACUCCAAUCAAGGCCUAACCUUGCAGCUGCUCUUCUUUGACGGCGAGGAGGCUCUGUUCCAGUGGAGCGCCACAGACUCCCUGUAUGGUUCACGCCACCUGGCUCAGAAGAUGGAGGAGACCGCCCACCCUCCUGGAGCCUCUAACUCUAACCAGCUGAACGCCAUUGAUCUGUUUGUGUUGCUGGAUCUGAUUGGAGGCCCGUCUCCACGCUUUGGAAACCAAUUCUCCAACACGGCCAGAUGGCUCACCAGGUUGCAGAACAUCGAGCAUCGUCUUCAUAACCUGGGCCAGCUGGAGGAUCACCCAAACGAAGCCCAAUACUUCUGGCCAGGCAUGCAGGUGGGCCCCAUCCAGGAUGACCACGUACCGUUUCUGCACAGGGGAGUGCGGAUACUUCACCUCAUCCCCACACCCUUCCCCUCCGUCUGGCACACGUUUGACGACAACGAGCAGAACCUGGACCGGUCCACCAUCCUGAACCUGAACAAGAUCAUGCAGGUCUUUGUCCUGGAGUACCUCAGCAUGUGAACUACAACUCCCAUCCCAGGUUUCCUGGUUCCUCCCAGGGUCUCUUAUGCCUUCGCAUUUCCAAACUUCGCAAACUUCUCGUAGUCUUCUAGAAAUGCUCUGUCCUCACAGAGAACUCACAGUUGUCAUUGUAGCCAAUUCUGGUUCUGGGUCUGGGUCUCUCUGUGUCCAGAAUAAGAAAUCUGGGCUCACAGCUACCCUCCAGGACCUGAACAGGGAGCUUGCGGUAUACAGGGUCCUCUCUGUCUUUCCUUCCAACAGUGCUGUCUUUAUGCCCUCUCAUCCUUCGCCUGCCACAGAGCUACCUUUGUGCUUAUGCUAACAUCCAUCCCCACAGGAAUCAGCGGGGGGGAAGUGAAGGCCUGAAAGUUUAGAGCGCUUGUCCUUGUAAUGAUGCAGUAUUCCUGUGUACUUUGUGUUAAACCAGCUUUAGCAAUGUGCUGUGAAAAAUGAAAUGGUGAUCCAAAGUAGCAGAAACUGAAUAUGAAAUUGUAGUUUGUAGUAUGUGCUGACAUGUACUCCAUACAUGUUUCCAUGCUAUUUUCCUGUUAUUUUGUUUUAGAUGCUAAACAUCUUGAUAAGGUUUUAUGGUAAAUUAGUAGGGUACAGUUACUGGUGACAAUACAUAUUAGUACAGAACAUUUAUCAUUAGCAUUUGACAUUGGCUGAUUCAGUGGAAAAGCAAACAUGAACUCUGUGAUGUAUGGUCAAGUUUAGGAACAUCUUUUUGGACCCCACUGAAUCUGUAGGAAAUGCUAUUUCAUAUAGUAAGUGAGUAAGAUGCUACCUUUGUUAAAGCCAUAUCGUAGCGGUGUAAAUUAUCGGACGGUGUGUGUUAUCGGCAAACGUUUGCGUUGUCAUGUUAAUCCAUUAUUAAACUGAAGUUAUAGUGUUAAUCCAUUAUUAAACUGAGCAUUUUGAUUGUUUAACAGAAUGGCCGAUAUUUGACACUGUCCGAUAACUGACAUAGCUACGCUAACGUAUUUCUCCAGUAAGAUCCUAUGUGGAAUGUGGUCGCUAAUAGCUGCUAAUGUAUCACAGUGAUUAUGAACACACCUGAUCACCUGUUCAGCGUGGGAACCUGCUUAUGUACCCUUUCAGGACAAGUUUAUCCAGGAAUUUCUUGUUUUUAUUGAUCCUUCCUGUGCUGCGACUUCAAGUGGCAUUACAUAUCUAGCUCAAACUGUCAUUCUCUUCAAAAUGAGCAAUCAAGCCAAAAUAAAAAUAGAGACUGAUAAAAGAAA